AUGUCCGGCUCCGGAUACGACGCGGUGGUGGACGUGGACGAUGAGGUGAGCAACCAACAGCACGCCGGAGGCGACCUCGGCCACACAGACCUCCAGGAGGACCUCGAAUUCCACAACUCCAACUUCCAUGACAACGCGCCUGGCGGCCGCAAGGGCGCGCCCUCGAGCCUGCCCCCGCCUGUAACGGCUCCGUCGUCUUCGUCGUCGUCGAAGCGCUUCCUCUGGUCCAUGUCCUUUUACGCGCAGUUCUUCGACGUGGACACGUCGGCCGUGCUUUCGCGCUGCUGGGCGGCGCUGUACCCGCGGGCAAACUUCCUCGACGUGCUCGAAGGCAACCCGGACCUGUACGGGCCGUUUUGGAUCGCGACAACGGUGGUGCUGAUCCUGUUCCUGGGCGGUACCAUCAGCCAGUACCUGUCGACGACGGGGGGCACGCCGUUUGCAUAUGACUUUAGACUAUUGAGCGGUAGGUCCUCCGGAGUCGAGCGCGGCCGGCCUCAUCUACGGAUACACGCUCUUCAUCCCCGUGGCGCUGUUCCUCGCGCUCCGAUACUUUGGCAGCGAGUCGGCCAACCUGCUCGAGUGCUGGGCCCUGUACGGCUACUCGAACCUCAUCUGGAUCCCCGUCGCCGUCAUCAGCUGGUCGCCCAUCACCAUCCUCAACUGGGUCUUUGUGGGCGUCGGCUUCGGCAUGUCGGUGGCCUUUUUGCUGCGCAACCUGUACCCCGUCCUGAGCGCCACGGACCGCCAGGUCAGCAAGGUGCUUCUCAUCAUCGUCGUGGUCCUCCACGCCGGCCUGGCGCUCACCAUCAAGAUCCUCUUCUUCGCGCACGGCAGCCCCGUGGCGAGGGCCCCCGGGGAGGGUGGCCCGGACAACCAGACGGGCGACAAGACGCCGCCGGGUCAUGGCGCCUGCACUUGUGUAGGUGA